AGCCAGCUUCCUCCAGCGCUCGCCAUAAGAGUCCAAGGAAGCGCAGUGAACGGGUGCUCCACAGGCGUGGUGUCACGAUGUCGAGGAAUCAGAAGAACACAGGCUCGACCUCCACGUUUUACAAGCCUGUCAAAGCUGCCAGAGAAAUCCGGACAGGAUAUCUCUACAAGUCUCCACCGAAGCGGUUCAUGACAGAGAGAUCAUGGAAGAAACGGUAUUUCGUGCUGUUCAAAAUCAACGAGCAGGAGCACCACCUCAAAUACUUCAAGGGCCCAGAAGACAUGGACAAGCCGCUCGGAGAGAUCGACCUGACGCAGAUCUCACUCUUGUACGCAAGUCCUGAGAAUCACCCCAAAUGGCUGUGGAUCCAGAGGAGCUUCAAGUGCUCCCCGUCCUGCGUUCUCUACAUCAGGUCCGGAGAGCGGGACUACUUUCUCGUCGGGGAGGACAGGGAGGCAGUGGACAGCUGGUUUUCUGACCUGUUUGAUGCCCUGAAAAACCGGCCUCAUAGAUUUCACACUUCAGAGGAGAUAUCGAACGGACGAACAAUUGUGGACAUCUCCAAGCCUCUCGGCAGAAGCACUUCUGCUUGUACGGCAGAAAAGUCGCCAAAAAUGCGAUCCAUGUCGGAUCCAUCCUCAAACACUAUGGAAAGCAUCUACGAAAAAGCGAAGGAUGAAGAUUCCUCCAGAAGACGUUCGUCGGAGCCCGUUCAGCCGCACUACGUCUACCCCAGACCGUUCAACAGGCAGAUUCCUGUACAAACUAAUGGCCUGGAAACCAGCACAGAAUCUAUGUAUGAAACCAUGCAGGAGAUUAAAACCAACCAUCCGAAUGGGGAACUGGACCGUGAGGUGGAGGAGGCCAACUCGGGCAACCUGAUGAAGACCGUCACUGACGUCUUUGAUCGCAUGAGAAAGCAGAUUUCUCCGCUGCCUUCGUGCAUCGAAGAGCGAGCCAAUGACGACAGGAACGACAAGCGUCAGUCGUCCGAGUUCAGCAGCAGCUCCAGCGACAACGGCGCCAUCUCGCCGGUGGAGAUUCUAGACAGACGGAGCAUAUACAGAUUAAGCUCGACCGAGAGCAUUGAGCCUGUUCCCCCGAAAGAGAAGGACAUCGAGGUGAAGCAGGCAGACUUAAAGAAACACCUGACACUAACAGAAGUAGACGGGAAACCAAGUGUGAGUGGGUGGACGGGACAGCCGCAGACGGCGUGCCUCUUCCACAAAGGCGAUCAGAUCCUGGCGAUAAACGACCUGCACACCGGCAACCUGGAGGACGUCAACAUGUACCUGAGCAAGUCGCUCAAGAACGAGGUGAAGGUCACCAUCCUGCGCCUGCCUGGAUGCCAGCCGCUGCAUCUGGCCACCUGUUUCUGCAGUGACGCUUUUUAAACUGCUCAUUCAAGACGAUCGACGUACUUUAAGGGACUCUUUGAAAGGGUUUUUUUUGUUAAAUGUUAACCCUGUAUGUGAUGCUCGAGGCAGCUGACAGUAUUUUUCCCCAAGACUGUGGUCACUUUUUGAUUUGCUGUUACUUUUACUCAAAUUCAGAGUGGUGAUUAAAAAACAAAGUUACAACAAUGAUCUCAUAUCUUAUGCAACAAUAGAUUGUUGCAGACUGCUGUUGAUUAAUGUUCUUUGUACACAAGCUGCUUCUUCUCAGUGCUGCCAACAAGGCGGACAAAUAUUUUAUUGGGACAUAUUCACUCAUGGCAGCCGCACGGUGCCCUGAGCCAAGAUACACGUGCACGCAACAUGUAAUUAAAUUAUACAAGACGUGAUGUAAGAAAAUUGUGUAAAUGUACAGAAGGUAAUUCUUUAUUACUUUGCUCAGUUGUUUUGAAUACUUUAUCUUGAAGGGAAUCGUACUGAAGACUUUUUUUUGACACUUUAGAUGAGCACAGUCUACUUCAAAGCCUGUACAUAAUCGCCAUGUUUUGUGUCUUAUAGACUUUAAUUCAGGAUAAACAGAAUUGAAAGAAUGACAAAAGAAGAUGAUAGAUAAGAGAGUGCGCCAGUCACUUCCCUGAAUAACCUUUGUUUGAUCGGUUUGAACUGAGGUGCAUCGAACCACUAAAUUCCACCGACCAGCAGAGAUGAUUCAUUUCCAGUUUGUUCGGUGUGUGUGUGUCAUCUCGGAUGACAUUUCUGAAGAAGCCAGGCCCUCGAACGACUGCAGGAGAGCACCAAUAGGACGGUAAUCCCGGGAUCUUUUUUAGCUUUUGGUUGCACACAAAAGGGGAAGAUGACGCGCGAGAAUGUUUCCAAAUUCCCCUUUUUUUACUUUCUUUUUUCAAUGAAAGCUCUCUUGACGUGGAUGAAAAUGAAAAGACGUGAAAGUAUUUUCUAUGUUGUCCGCAAAUCAAAGUAUUUCCUGCUCAGUCGUGACGUACAGUGAUUUUAACUGAUUAACGUGUUUGAAUCUGUAACGCCUCUCUGCAUGUAAAGACUAUGCUUGUUUUUUAUGAUAAUUACAACCUCUGCACACCUGGAUCCACCUGAGAUUCUUAUGGAGCAUUUUAAUGGAUCUAUUAAACCUAUUCAGGACUUGUAUAUUUAAAAACGUUCAACUGUGAUGUUCAAGCCGUGCUGUAUUAUUAACAUAGUCUGACAUGAAUCAACCCCUUUGUACCUUGUGUAGUAAACACAGCUUGUUUCGGUGUUUCGGGACAAUCGAUCUGACUAAUAGCUGUACAGAGAUUAAUAAAUGUGACUCAAUGGUC